CUCUCUAUAACUGCCAGCUAGGACUAACGGUCUGGGGGGCUUUCUUUGGUGCCUUCUCGCAGAUUCCUUUUAAAGAGAGAGCAAGCUAGCUAGGAAUUUUGAACGAAGCCGGCCAAUCAACUGUUUCCAUGUGUUGUUCAGUCGAUUAAAAUUCAGGGCUUGAUUUGUUCAUUCCAUGCGUACUGUGCGGGCGCAAACACUUGCACUUUAUCGCUCCCGCCAUAAAUAAAUAGCGUUUCUCGUUAUCUUUUUUCUGUUUUUCUGUUUUCAGAAACUUUUGUGUUUGGUUGUCCUGAAAAUUCAGCCUCACAUGGAGAAGGACGCGUCUCCUCCUUCCAACGGCAGCGCCAACACCACCGCGGCGAUCUCUUCACAGAUCACAUCUCACAGCGCUCCAAUAUCACCACCACAUCCUUCAUCUCCACCUCGCGACACUACUCGCGCUGAUCAUCUCCCUGAGAACCAAAGCUUCGGCGCCGACUUCGCGUCAAUGUACCACUCCAUAUUCCCUCCAAAAUCAUCCUCCCUCUCCCUCAGCCCCUCCACGUGCUGCUCCUCCUCCAUCAUGGACGACUUCAACGCCGACGCCACCGCCACGCAGCAGCGCCUCAACCAGGCCCGCCUCAUCCUUCAGUACCAUGAACUCAACGGCCACUACGACCUCUGCCGCGCUAGCCUCCUCGACCUCAUUGCCGAGGCCGACGUCCUCCGUCAAGAGAACGCUGAGCUCCGCGUCUCCAACGCCGAGCUCCUCAAGCUCCUCUCCUCUCAGGCUUCCUUCCACAACCGCCUUCUCUCCUCCCCCGCCAAUCCGGACCGCUCUUUCCUCCACCACUUUCGCCGCCUCUCCAUCGACGAAGAACGCACUCCUACCACCACCACCACCAACCGCUUCGAUCGGAUUUCCUCCGACCGGUUCACUCUCCCGAAGAGCAUCUCCGUCCGCUCCACCGGCUUCGCCAAGGCACAUAACCUCCCUGCGGCCACUAGCAAUCCGAGUCCAAGUCUCUCCUUCACUAGGCCACGUGUCCCCAGCCAACUCGCCGCCGGAUCGCAAAAGGUGUAUGUGCCUGGGAAGAGGGACGAGGAACAAGAGGCGCUGGAGUUGGAGGUGUACAACCAGGGGAUGAUCAAGACGGAGCUGUGCAACAAGUGGCAGGAGACCGGCACGUGUCCUUACGGGGACCACUGCCAGUUCGCCCACGGGAUCACGGAGCUCCGCCCCGUAAUCAGGCACCCGCGCUACAAGACGGAGGUGUGCCGGAUGGUCCUUGCUGGCUCCACGUGUCCAUACGGCCACAGGUGCCACUUCCGCCACUCUCUCAACGACCAAGAGAAGAUGUUGCUGGGCCCGCGUUGAUUCUGUGAUGGUACUCCUCCUACCAUUCGAUUCACGGUUACAAACUUACAAAUGGAUUGGGAUUACACUAAAACUGUGUACAUAAUUCUCAUCUUAAUACUCAUAAGAACAAAUAAUAAUAGUAACAAUUGAUGAUAUUCACUGUGAUAAAAUAAGACCACAGUUGAAAAAUGAUAAAGAAAAAAAGGGGGGGUUAAUGUUGGAUAUUUUGGUGACGAAAAAGCGGUGUGGGGGCAGAAAUAAAGAAUUUGUUAGAUUGGUUUUUGGUUACUGGUAGAGAAUUUUUGAAUGAUGUAUGCAUGCUAUUAAUUGAUGUAUACGCAUAGAUGCUGGCGGGCAUCUCUAACUAGCCAAACAGCCAAACUCAAGUUUGUAAUGAUGAUAUUUGUUGGCGGUUGGUACGAAA